AGGAAAUGCUCCCCCAUGAAACCUGAACCCUUGUUCAAAACUGAAAAAGUUGUAAAGAAUCUCUUCACCAAAAAAGAAACGGGACCUCAGUGGAGACAUCAAAGCUUUUUGCCAGAGGUGAAAUACCAACCAGAUAUGUAAAUACAAAUAUGCAAAAAUCUGUUUUUUCAGCUGACCUAUGGAAAAGAAUCAGGAGAACCAAACCAACUUUGUUGGAUUCAUCCUCCUGGGUUUUUCUUCCUCUCCAGAGUUUCAAGGACUACUUUUUCCUGUUUUCCUUUGUAUGUACUUGCUUUGUCUGCUGGGAAACCUCAUGAUAAUCCUGCUGAUCUUCUCCAGUGCCAGCCUCCUCCAUGCUCCCAUGUAUUUUUUCCUCUGUCACCUGUCAUUGGCUGAUCUCGGAUUGAGCUCCACCAUUGUACCACAAAUGCUGCAGAGCCUGCUGUCCCGCACAAACUUCAUAUCCUUUAGUGGUUGCCUGACACAGAUGUAUUUCUUUGUGAGCUUCUGUGCAGCAGAUAACUUUCUCCUGGCCUCCAUGGCAUAUGACCGCUACGUAGCCAUUUGUCGUCCAUUGCAUUAUGCAACAAUCAUGAGCUACAGGCAUUGCAUACAGCUGGCUGCUGCAUCUUGGCUCCUGGCUUAUGCCCACUCCCUACUGUAUGUCCUUUCAAUGUGUAAUUUUAAGUUUUGUGCUUCCCGAGAGAUUCCCCAUUUCUUCUGUGACCUCCAUCCUUUGCUGAAGCUCUCCUGCUCUGACACCUCAUCUGUUGAAAUGCUGCUUGUCACUGAAGGCACUGCAAUUCUUCUUGGACCCCUUUUGCUGGUUAUUUUUUCCUACCUUUUCAUUGUAUUCAAAGUUUUGAAAAUAUCCUCAGGCCUCAGGACAUACAAGGCCUUCUCCACCUGCAUCUCCCAUCUUACUACGGUUGCUUUGUUUUACGGGGCCCUGUUAGGCAUCUACAUCCGCCCGUCCUCCACUUAUGCUGGGUCAAAAUUGAAAAUUGCAUCCAUAUUAUACACAGUGGUGACUCCCAUGCUCAAUCCUUUCAUAUACAGCCUGCGGAACAGUACAAUGCACGAGGCUUUGAAAAGAAUAUUAAGAGGCUGGUUUCAGAAGAGAUGACCUGUAAUGAAACUGAAGCUGCCGCAAAAGAAAUUGCAAAUCAGCUGGAAAAUCAGUAAGCAUGGCACUCAGACAAAAUAUGAGAUUUUUUUUAUGGAACCUUUGUUGUUCCAGAUUGAAAAUAAAAGCCCUAUCUUUUUUUCCCCUUCCAAUAAAAACAGGGCAAGGUUCUCUAAGAAGGCCAACUGAUGGUUGUAAACUUCAUAUAUUAUGUCUUUCAUUUUGAAAUUUAAAAGUGAAUUCUUACGGUGUCUGCAAGAUGAUGUUUUUAUGCUAUAUUGUUACUAUAAUAAAGGACACUAUUGGCUCUGAAGAUUAUCCCAUAAAUCUUUAGUCUUCUUUUGGUAAUCUCAGUAUAUCUUGUAUAAUCUUUAA